AUGGAUGUAGAUACUAUGCGUAGUAAAUUCAACGAUUUAUUUAAUAAGUUGAUUAGUCAAAAACGGACUGACAAUAAUUCUUAUUUUAGUUUAUCGGAGUAUAGUGAGCAAAUUUCCAAAGUUAAAGAGUCGAAAAAAAUAUUAAUUACUAAGGGAUUGAAAAAAUCGGUAAAAGAUUACAGGAUGGUUCGUAAGUAUGAAAUAUUAAUGGUCAAUGGAAAAGAACGCUUGAUAAAACCAGUAUCAGAAAAUAAUAAUUCUAUGCUUUAUUAUGUAACAAAUGAAGAACUUUUUGAUAUUCUUCAUACUACUCAUUCGUCUAUUGGACAUGGUGGGAGAAAUCGAAUGGUUGCGGAAAUAAAAAAUAAGUAUUGCAAUAUAACUAAGGAAUCAAUUAUGCUAUAUUUACAACUUUGUUCACACUGCCAAAAGAAAUCUACUAAUAGAAAAAGAGGAUUGGUUUCCAAACCAAUAUUACACAAUGCUUUUAACUCAAGAGCACAAGUAGAUUUAAUAGAUAUGCAGUCCCAAAAUUUUAACGAUUUUCGGUUUAUUUUUUGUUAUCAAGACCAUUUAACGAAAUUCGUAAUUUUAAGGCCUUUAAAAAGUAAACGUGCAGAGGAGAUAGCAUAUAAUUUACUUGACAUUUACACGACCUUUGGUGCACCAGCUAUUUUGCAGUCAGAUAAUGGCCGUGAGUUCGUAAAUUCGACUAUAACUGAACUACACAAUAUGUGGGAAGACGUCAAAAUUGUUCAUGGUAAACCAAGGCACAGUCAGAGCCAAGGUUCUGUGGAACGAGCAAAUAGAGAUGUAGAGGAUAUGUUUUAA